UAUCCAUCCUUCUCCUUUAAUCAUUGUCGAAUUCUCCAUGCUCAUCCAUCCUUGUACAGUCACACAAAGAAGACAACGGUACUCGCCUUAUUCUGGAUUGGCUACUGCGUCGACAACAUCAUCGGUACACAGACCUUCCAAACCAAAUAUGCCUCACGCUUCGCAUCAGCUGAGAUCACCAUCUUGGUUCUCUUUGGGAUCGGUCUCGUCGAUAUGCUUCUCAUGUACUUUAUCUUUUGUUGCAGAACAAGAAGAAGGAACAAGAGAGGUCUUCAAGUGCAAACGUAGAGAUGGAGGGCCAGGACUUUCUUAACUUGACGGAUUGAGAGAAUCCAAGCAUGGCAUACGCUUUUGUGAGGUAGCUAUGUUUCUUGGAAACCUAAUGCUUCAUUGUUAGCCAUCGAGGUUGGAAUGAUGUCAAUUGCGUGCGAG